AUGGCAACCCGGCCGUGUCAGCGGCCAAGGAGGACUCGAACAGGCUGUUCAUCGCAUCCACUCCUUCACCCUUACCACCUGCUUUCGCCUCUGACGAUGUCCGCACGGCGACAAGCAUCAACAACGUCGCUCGCCAAGUAUGCGCGAGCACACUCACCUAUCCUGCAAAACCGAUCGCUUGAUUUCUGCAAUUCAUUUUGGGGCUUCGGAGAUGGAGGCGUCGAUGUUCUUUUUGCUCGUAUGCGGGGUGCAACAAGGACGAUGGAGGAGCUCAAGAAUUUUUGGAGAGAGCGAGCCGUCAUAGAGGAAGAUUACGCAAAACGACUAGCCAAACUCUCGAAAAUGACUUUGGGACGAGAUGAGAUUGGGGACUUGCGGGUUUCACUGGACACCGUCCGCAGCGAAAUCGAGCGCCAAGCUGGGUUCCACCUUAAUUUAUCCCAACAAAUUCGCACAGAGCUCGAGGUGCCCACCGCUACCUUCCACUCACGGCAACUGCAACACAAGAAGACGUACCAGACUGGCAUCGAGAAGGAAUUCAAGACGAAGCAGACUCAGGAGUCCUAUGUCAACAAGGCACGCGAGAAAUACGAGCAAGACUGUGUUCGGAUCAACGCCUUCACAGCUCAAGCGACCCUCGUACAGGGCAAGGACCUAGAAAAGAUCAAUCUCAAACUAGAACGAACCCAGCAGACAGUCCAGACAAAUGAACGAGAGUUCGCCAACUUCGCAAAAGCAUUGCAAGACACCGUCCAAAAAUGGGAGACAGACUGGAAGGGCUUUUGCGACAGUUGUCAGGAUAUGGAGGAAGACCGAAUGGAGUUCAUGAAGGACAACGUCUGGAGUUAUGCUAAUGCGGUGUCCACUGUCUGUGUCGCCGACGACGAGUCCUGCGAAAAGAUAAGAUUGGCCCUCGAGCAGAUGGAACCGGAGAAAGAUAUGGAGAGCUUCGUACGCGAAUACGGCACUGGAAACCAAAUCCCGGACCCUCCAGCAUUCGUGAACUACCAGGAACCGGACGCCAUCCCUUCAUCUUCAGCUCGUCCUACUAGUCGCCCUGCCAGCUUUGCUCGAUCCACUCACCGAGAAUUACCCAUUCGACAACAUUCACUUCCACCAGAAGAAGAGCCCGUUGUCAAUGCUGCAGGUAUUGGUGCGGGGGGCGGCGGGGGCGGAAGGAGAGUCGAUCCAUACAUCCAGGAUGCUCCGGGCCCAUCCCGUUCCGAUACUCGCAACUCACAAGUCUCGCAACCUCCUUAUACCAAUGGAACAAAUGGAUAUUAUCCUCACCCUGGGGCAGGCUCAUCGCCGUCAAGCGCCUCUUCUCCACUUUCUCAACAACAGGUUCAUAGGCAAUCUACUACAUCGACACAGUAUUCUCAGCAACAGCAGCUUCAGAGGGUUCUUCAAGACCCACAUGCAGACCCGAUCGACCCUACAGCAGAGACCUACAUCAAAGUCGGUGCUAAUGCUUACAAGGUCGACCUCACGAAAGAUCCCCAGCAGCAAGGUCCGUCGAAUGUCCGCCAUAGCACCUCAUCACCAGCCUCGCCUGCGAAGCCCGUCGGUGGCGGCGUUGAUCCGUUGAUGAGGCAGCUGGAGGAGCUCCAGCACGCUGUAUCCGCCUCUGGGAGCGUUAGGAGGAACACGCUCAUCAAGCCCAAGCAAUCUACCGGUCCUGAGCCCAAACCCGGCCAUGUCUCUUCCAUGUCGGCCUCCUCGCGAAUCGAGUCAUCGAGCCGCCCAACCUCGCUAUCUCCACCAGUUGCUCCUGGAUCUGCUGCAUCGCAUCGUCGCUCUCCCUCCCCCAACCGCGACUAUCGCAACUCCGCAGAGGCUGUGGUCGGCGUGCACCCUUCCGUAUCGAGACCACCCUCACCCAAUCCUCCCACGGCAGCGUUCAUGGUUCCCAAACCGAGCACACCGAGCGGGCCAGGAGCUGAUGUCGUCCAGGAGGUUCUGGCAGAUUAUCAGCAGUCGUUACCGGGAGAACGCAAGUCCAUCAGCCGGAGUCCUAGCAGGGGCCAUGCACCGAGCCAGAGCCAGGUGUCGGUACUUACGCACCAGUCGAACCAGAGCCAGGGGCAGAAUCUCGCGAGGCCUCCAAGUCAGGUUGGGCAUGCAGGCAUUGGCGCUUUUGGGUCGAGGAGCAACAGCCCGCAGCCGCUGUCGAGAGGCCCGAGUCCGGCCCCGAGUGCCAGCCAACAGCAGCAGCAGCAACAACAACAGCAGGCGAGGUCGAACUUCAUCCAACCUCCUGCGCAAGCUGGGCCGGGGCUCGUGCGUGCACCGAGCCCGAACACGGUGGGUAUCGCGCUCGACCCGAGUGGCCGUGUUCUGCACGACGAGAUGGCGCAGAGGUACCAACAGCAACAGCAGCAACAGCACCACCAGCCCCCGCCUCAACAAGUCCAGCAGCAACGGCCCGCGCCUCCACCACAGACGGCCCAACCGACGUACCAGCCCCCGCCACCCCCGGCGCAGGCCAUCCAGCAACAGCAGCAGCAGCAGGCGAGGCGUGCGAGCUAUGUCACUCAGGCGAGCACGAUCGCCCCGCCACUGGCGCCGCAGACGUAUGCGGUCACGCCGCCUCCGUCGAACGUGUACCAGACGCCGUCGCCCCAGCCGCAGAGCUACCUGCCCCCACAGCAGCAGGUGCAACCCGUAUACAGCGCCCCGCCUCCACAGCCGUUGCAGUACCAGCCGCCGUCGCAGCAGCAGUCGCAACAACAGGCGAGGUACCUCCAACAACAGCAGCAACAGGUUCAGCAGCAGCAGCAGCUACCGCCGUCGCCGUACAGCAGUGUGAAUGGCCUUCAGAGGGGCGGGUCGACGAUAUCGUAUUAUGGGAACCAGACGCCGCCGCAACAGCAGCAGAUGCAGGCGCAGCCUCAACAGUUGUUGCAGCAGCCUGUACAGCAGCAGAGAUUAGGCCAAGGGCAGGUGCAACAACAGCAGCAAAGGGGGUACCAGCAGCCACAGUAUCGAGACCCCAGUCCGGUCAGAGCGACGCCUUCGCCUCAGCCACCACCGCAGACGGUGGACGAUGGAAGCACGGUAUUAUUCUACGUCAAGGCGCUCUACGACUACACCGCUACCAUCGAAGAGGAGUUUGACUUCCAAGCUGGGGACAUCAUCGCGGUGACGGCCACCCCAGAGGACGGCUGGUGGAGCGGUGAGCUGCUCGAUGAGGCACGCAGGCAGAAGGGCCGGAACGUGUUCCCGAGCAACUUUGUGUGCUUGUUCUGA